GUCUAGUGCAAGAGACGGCCUACUCAGACAGAUGUUCCAGGCGCUGUUGAAUAUACGGCAACACCAUGUACAGAUUGCAGAGGAAUACGGAGAGCCGGACGAUGGUGGUGGUCAGGUCGAGAAGGGGUCUGGAAGUCGGUCGUGGUUAUGUAACAGCGAGCGUCUGCAAGGCGGACGACGAUCAAAGUAUGUGCAAUUUCAACAGCAGGUGCGCGGCACUCGGUCGGCGAGGAAGGUACUCUGGACGGGCAUUUGCUGUGCACACAGUCCGCGUCGUGGGCCGAAUUCACUGGUCGUUGCGAAAAGGCAAGGGAUGCGAGCUUGAGGAAUGUCCAACUGAGAGAGUUCGUGCGCACGAGAGAGGGGGAAAGAGCGAGGGACUUCAACAAGAAGGUAAGCGUCUGGCCGGCCGAGACGACAAAGUCCAAGGAGUGUGCGGUCAAAUACUAGUCGCGUGGGACAGGAUACUCUGUCUACUUCUUUUUAUCAAGACAGCUACAGCCCAGGAACUUCCGAUACCCAACUUGGUAGAUGGCUCCGUCUAUCUCCCGGACCUUGUUUGAAUGGUACGCUGCGGGAAAGGCUGCCGCCAAGCCGUAGGGAAAGGGUCUUUCCCGUUUUACUCUUGCCCAAUCUCUCACCAGCGCUUUCAGGGUUCCAACACUGCUGGCCAGCGUCGACCUUGACUUGUCUUCGUCAAUCGGACCACCACAUCAAUAUAAAUCUCGAACACAUACUACAUAGUACAUUGCAACUCUACUUUUCCACAACGCUCUCUCCCUAACCUCACCGCUCCCCAGACCGCAUCACGUCUGCGGUCUACAUCGUCCUGCAGAUCACCAUGCCCAGCAUCCUUCUAUACCACUUCCAACCCUACUACCGCCCGUCUCUUCAUCAUGCGUCGCUUCAGAUAAAGACUGCCCUGCGUGGCUUCUGCAUGCUCCUGUCAAGACCGGCCAAUCCCCACGCUCUUUGCACGUCCGUUUAC